AUGGGUCGAGAUGAUGCUGUAAGCGAUGACGAUGGUGAGGACGUAGCGGAGCUGGAGGAGAUGUGGAAGUCUAUGGACCGCACCGAGCAGCACCUGAACGCAGCCCUGACCGAGGAAGAAGUACAACGACACCAACAGCUCGACAAGAAACACCGUGACCAUUAUUGGAACACUUCCAAAAAGACCAAGGGACCUCUUCCCAGUGCUGCGGAAUCUUUGGAAUAUCAUGAAUCGAUCCCCAUUCGGAUCAGGGCCAUUGCUCCCGCGGAACGACGGCUGUUUUUGAUGGAACAUACCGCUGAUGACGAAUUUGAUCGCAACAAUUACUGGCAAAUAUUGGAAACGGCCAGCCAAGAUAUUACCACAUAUCCAUAUGCUUGGGUUGGAAUCAUCAUGAAGCAACCUAACCACAUGCAGGAGUCGCUGUAUGCGCUGCGCAUUCUACUCUGCUACGCCGAAAAUCUGCUCACCAAUACACGUCACAAGGAUACCAAAAAAGCACUUGGAGUGCUCCACAUUAGUCAAAAGGCUGUGGAUGUGCUAGGAGAAACCAUGAAGGAUGAGACGGGGGAUGAAAGGUGGGAGUUGUCUUUGCAGGAAUAUAAACAAUGCUUGUACACUGCCCUGGCAUUUGCAGCAUUGGGAGACAAGGAAGAGGCGGAAUCGCACUUUCAGGAAGCAGUUUCCACGGAACAAUUGCAUCGAAUGAUGGGCCUCAUGGAAUGCAAAGACAAAGGUGUACACUAUGACGACGACAAAACAUUGGAAACCUUUGUGGAGAGUCAUCCGUCGGUAUUGCAUGUCAUUUCCAAAACGCUCAAAAUAGCAAGAAGGCAUCUAGAUGAUAGUCAUUCGUUUGGAGAAGACUUGAUGGACCAUCUAGAUGAAAAGAAGAUUGGAAAGUGCCUGGAGUGGUUCAACGUGACGGCAUCCAGCAAUUGUAGCCUUCCGGAGGAGUAUUGUCAAGUCUGUUGGUCCACAUCGCCUGGUUGCAACUUGAAAAAAUGCGCACGAUGCAAGAAGGUUUCAUACUGUGGCAGAGAGUGUCAGAUCAAUGACUGGAAAGAUCACAAGGAAGUUUGUGGCACAGUCUGA